AACCAUAACAGAAGAAGAGAAGAAGAGCGUUCUCUCUCAAGGACUUUUAUUAUGACGAGGCUUGAGUUGACAGUUGUACACCACAGCUUUAAUGAAGAUUGAAGGAUGGAGACCAGUGGCAAACCCUCGACAGCUCAGAUUGUGUUGCUGGCCACUAGCUCUGCUCUGACUGCGGUCUUAUACAGCAUUUACAAGAGGAAGUCGAGCCAUGUAGCGAGGUUAAGGGAGGCCAAGAGGAUGCCAUUAAAUCCAGAUCUCAGAACUAUCCUCGAUGAAGCGCCAGGAAAAUGCGUUCCUUAUGCAGUUAUUGAAGGUGUUGUGCGCUCGGUGAAGGAGACCUUGAACAGUCAAUUUGUAGACAACUGUAAAGGGGUCAUCGAGAGGUUAACAUUAAAAGAGAAGAAGAUGGUGUGGAAUCGAACAACACAUCUAUGGAAUGAUUGUGAAAAGGUCAUCCACCAACGCACCAACACCGUGCCCUUUGACCUGGCCCCACAUGAUGACACUGUUCCCAUGACAGUGCGAGUGGUCCGUCCACUCGAUGCAGCUGAAUUAGAUCUGGAGACCACCUAUGAGAACUUUCACCCCUCCCAGCAGUCUCUGACCAACGUCAUCAGCCACUUCAUCAGCGGUGAGCGUCCGCAGGGCAUCCAGGAGACAGAAGAAAUGCUGCGUCUGGGAGCCAGCAUGACGGGCGUAGGGGAGCUUGUGCUGGACAACAAUCUGGUUCGUCUUCAACCCCCUAAACAGGGCCUGCGGUACUUCCUCAGCUGCCUGGACUACGACACGCUCCUGAGUAAGCAAGAGGGUCGCCUGCGGAUCUGGAGGGUCUUGACGGUGCUGUUUGGCUUGACUGCCUGCGCCACACUAUUCUACCUGCUGUGGCGGCAGUACGUGCUGCGUAAGGAGCGGAGGAAAGAGCGCAGCCUGCUGGACGAGUACAGGAAGUGGCAGAGCAGACGUUUGCAGGAGCUCCACCUGACGGAUGAUUUGUCUCCUACUUCAUGCACAAUAUGCCUGAGUCGUGAGCGCUCAUGCGUGUUUCUAGAGUGUGGUCACGUGUGUGCCUGUGAGGAGUGCUAUAGGGCCCUGCCUGAACCUAAGAAAUGUCCCAUAUGCAGGGCUAGAAUAGACCGGAUUGUGCCUCUGUAUAACAGCUAGAGGCUUGAAUAUGUAGUAUGCACUUAAUUUGAAAUGAGGCACUUUGUGUGUGAGCACAGUGUUUCAUGCGACCUAAUAUCAGUUGAUGUAAGAAUCUGCCAUAAACACAAUACUCAGCAGAAAAAUAUUCAUCCAGCUUGAGUCGGGUUUUGUGUUCUGUUGAUUGAUCACACUGUUGGCAAUUAUAAUGAUCACUUGUGCCUGUGUGAACUGAAAUUAAAUACCAUUUGUUAUUUCACUGAAAACAGCCCAUUUUAGGACUAGGAAUACAAUAUUUUUUAUUUUAUUAAAACAUCUGUAAUACAAAGAUUUAUGUCUUUAAUAAAAACAAAUUUAAGUAAAAGCAAUACAAUUGAUUUAUAUAAUUUACAUUUAUUAUUUGGAAUUAAAAUAUAAAUUUUUUGCAUCACAGUGAAAAUUUGAGAUAAGGAAUGUGCUUAGUCAUGAUGUAAAUGUUACAAUACUUAAUAGUCAUAAAAUGUCUCAAUGUCUUUACAUUUUGGGGUUAAAUAUUGACUUCCUCACUUUAUGACAUGUUAACUGGAAGUCAGUAUCGUUAUAUUUAAUUUGCAAUGUAUUUUUUUUUUACCGUUUGAGAGGGCAGAGAGAAAUAUUUUUUUUUCAUACAUUAAAAAAAAUGGUCAUCUGAAUUAUUAAAUGGUAGUCUCUAAAUGCCAGGGAAAGUAAAACAAUCAUUUUGUUCUUCAAUAUGCAACUUUAUUGGUUUGAUAAUAGUUAUGCUUACUAUACGAACAACGUUAUAAUGGUUUGAAAAAAAAUAAAGAACUUUUUUUCUGCA